AGUACUACUGCAUUUAAGACACUAAGCCAAAUAACAUGGAGAGAAAGAAAACAGCAGCCUAGUCGCUUCUUUCUGAAGUUUUCUAAAAGUUUUUGCGCCGUUUCCCCAGUCAGUCAGUAAGUAGACAGGCGGCUAAUUGUUGCUCGGAAACAACUUGACUUGCUACCAUCAGCGGCUGCGCGCCUGCUAACUACGCUCCUGCUAACUACGCUCCUGCUAACUACGCAGCUGCUAACUACGCAGCUCACAAAAUGGAAAGUCUACACCACAUCUGUACCGAUGUUCCAGUUUAACUGGUGAUCAGGCUAACUGGCGAUAGUUGCCGUCUCCAAAUGUUUUGUCUACAAGCAUUCCGCUUCAUCCACAUAGAUCACUGUCUUCCUGUCAGGUGUUUAACACCUGGUCAUCGUUCAGGAAACACGCCCAUGUCAACUGGGCAUAGUCACAACUUAACACAGGCUUCCUGGUCAAGAACGAGUCAGACAACUAUUUCAGUCAUCCACGUCCACGAAUGCUUGUCCAGCUGAUCGGUUGCACAGUCUGAUCGUGACGAAUCUGCGGACACCUGGAGACGGAAACUAUCGCCAGUUAACCUGAUCACCAGUUAAACUGGAACACCGGGAUUUAAUUCCUCCAUGACCGCAAACUCAUCUGUCCGGACUUUAUACUUGAGGACCUUAAAGCUGAACAGACUCACUUCAGCACAGGGGUAUUAUGCACCUCGAGUGGAUGGCAGGUGCAGGGGGAGGACAGAGUGCUGCACAUUCAGAGGUCUAGAUCUUCCCAUCUGGACUGCCCUCACUUCUUCGAUGAGAUGCUGCUGUGCUAUUAGUGAGACAGUCUGUGGAAGCUCAGUGGUCUGUUGUUGCAACUGGGUUAAUCUGAACAUCAAAUUACCUGCUGGUGCCGGACAGACCUUUAGGCCUGAGCAUGUACGGACCUCCAGUCGAUCUGUCAUUUAACAACAUGCUCUGUGUUGCAGGUGCGCUGUCAGAGGUACCCAGAAGUGGUCUGCGCCCUUUAAGCAUGAACGCAAACAACAAGUACCUGAGUCGCUCUCUGCGUCUCAGUAACAACAAGAUCACCGACCUGGAAGGCCUCCAGUCCAUGCUCAGCCACUUUCUGGCUCAACCGUCGAAACUCGGCUGGCUGGACUUGUCCUUCAACAAACUCACAUGCAUAGACCCAGUUUUGUGUGAGCUGCGUGAACUGCGUGUUCUGUACCUUCAUGGCAACAGAAUCUGGAAACUGUCGGGCGUAGACAAGCUGGUAGAGCUGCAGCAUCUGCACACCAUCACGCUACAUGGAAAUGCCAUAGAAAACUACAAAGGUUACAGGAGUCAUGUGAUUUCUGCCCUCCCUCAGUUAAAGAGGAUUGACUUCAGCACUGUGACUCGUCAGGAGCGAGUUAUGGCUAAUGUUUGGCGUCACCGCACUGGCUGUAGCAUAAACAUCACGGAAGUUGAAGAUCAUUAAGUUAUUAUUUUUAAUUAA